ACGUGUUACAAAUGACGCCUUUUUCUGAUCCACAUUCUACAGUAUACUACAAAAUUACGUCAUUUUCUUCAAUGGAUUGUAGUAACACUUAAAAUUAAUAUUAUAAUGGUGUGAGUAUUAUGUCAUUUCAAAAGCCAGCUCUGUCCAUCCAUAACUGUCUAAGGAAAUCAAAACCGUACAUACACCGUGAUUAGCUAAGGACGGACGGAAAUUGUCUGAAAAUGUUCUCCUGUCAUUGUUUACAAGUUCGUAUAAAUUGAGCUGAGAUAAUUAAAAGCAACAAAAUCCUAUGUUCUCUAGGAAUUAGGAAUUGGUGUAGCCUGACAUAAUUGAAUUUAACAUAGUAAUUUUGGAUACGAUUUUUAAUGUGCAGCGGAACAUUUUAAAACAAGCUCAAGUAUCAUCUCUAAAACAAAUGACUAUGCCUGCAUUGCCAGUUUUUUUGCUACUGACGUUUAGUAUCUUUAUCAUAACAGUUGAGACAAAACAGAGAGAGUUAUCUGUCGUGUGCACUAAUGGAAGUCAACUGAUACAAGUUUCUGGCUACAAGAGCAAAUAUUUCAAGACAGACAGUGUUGAGUUACUAGAUGACUCUUUCAGGACCUCGCCAAUACAUUGCAUGUGGAAAAAGAAAUGUACAAUUAAGAUCAGGCGAAAGGGAUUGAAAAGGAGGAAAAGAUGGUUUGAGAAAAAUAUGCAAUGUCUCAAAAAAGAUACAAAGAUCUACGAUCUGAUCUCCAAAGAAGCAUCCAAACCGAACAGGAUUAGAGAGUUGGGAGAACAAACAACUAUUGUCCGAAGUCAAAGCAAUUUUCCCUGGAAUUAUCUAUAUUGCUUCACUGAUUUAAUUUAUUCUUUACAGUUUAAAACUUAUCAAAAACACAUUAAUUCGACACUGGCACUACAGAUUCUGUGGUCCGACGUUAAUACAAAUAACGGCGAUCAACUGUUUGUUCAGCAUGGAAACGUUUCUAAAAACAUAACAAGAGGAUCUGGAUAUCUGGAAAUUGCCAUUUCUGAUCUGAAGCAUUUAAAAUUGAUUUUUAAAACGAAUUUCAUGACUCAUGAAAGUUGUAUGGACUCUGGAUAUAGGGGCUUUCUUAUCUGUAUGAAAAUUGUAAGAAGUCUGCAGAACAAUUCGAUAUGUGAUGAAGUGCUGGACAAAGUUGGCGCUCAAACUUUGAUCAAACAAAGUAAAAGAGCUUUUGUAGGUAAGAAAAAAUGGAAAAGAAAAAGAAGAAAGAAAAGAAAAAGGAAGAAUAAAAAGAGCCAAAAAAGAAUUCAAUUUUGUCGCUAAAAACUUCUGAAAGUAUUCGCCCAUGUACCAUAAAAGACAUUAAUUAAGUGUUCUGUUUUACUUAACUUGAGUCAU